UAUAGUGUUGUAGUAUUUUAGACUAUUAAAGUUAAAACUGUUUAAUGAUUUAUACUAGUGGAUAUUUAGGUGCUAAGGGUGAGUGGUCAUUUAAACAUCUGCCUCAGGGAAACUAUUUACAACCACUGAUAAAGAUCACCCUAUGGCCAUGUGUAGGGGGGCAGCCGGAGGUAACAGAGGUAGAUUAGUGGUAAUUUAUAUGUAUGCAUUAACUGUCUUCCUUUGAGAGUGCUGAGCUUUAGGUGACAUUUGAGGUCGGAGUCAGAUGGGAAGGAGGAAGUCAGCAGAGCCAAUCAGAAGACGACAAAACGCCCAUGCACAUUUCUUUGUUUGUACUUGUAUAAAUACACUGGAUCAGGGAAAGUUAGGUUGUCAGACUGUGGACUGACCAACACUUGUUAUUGGUUAGGAAAAGGCACAUCUGAUCCAGAAUUCUGUAAUUGUUCAUUGCUUGCUGAAAAGAUUCACUAAACAAUUUGAACUAAAUUCUUUGGUGUGGACAUUCACUGGUCUUUUGAGUAUUUUGAACACUGCACUCACCCUGUGGGGGUGAGAGUUUUUUUUCUCUAAACAGCAAAAGCUCCUUCAAUUUGGUGACCCCGACGUGAUGCUUAACUGACCAGCAGCGACUGGAUAAUGAGUGCGGGAGGCAGGUGAACACUGCGGAGGAGAAAAGGGAUCCCAAAUAAUAAGGUAAGCACCACCUUUUUAAUAAAAGUGUGCAAAUUGGACAAAACUAAAUUAUCCCCCAGCAUGUGGUUCAUUCUUCCUCCUGCUAGUAUUUAACGUGUAAUCUGAGUAAAACCAAGCAGUGAGCAAAAAGCAAAUAACGUAGAAAAUUCAGAGGAGGUUUCGGACCUAAAAUUCCUGAACUCUAGUGUUAUUUGUGUAUAUGCACGUGUUUGUAUGUUGUAGGGGGCCUACACAUACUUUUAUUUAAGUAGGGGGCUUCGGGCCUUAAAAGCCUACACCUUGUGUUGUACGUUGUAGGGGGCCUACACGUACUUUUAUUUAAGUAGGGGGCUUCGGGCCUUAAAAGCCUACACCUUGUGUUGUAUGUUGUAGGGGGCCUACACAUACUUUUAUUUAAGUAGGGGGCUUCGGGCCUUAAAAGCCUACACCUUGUGUUGUAUGUUGUAGGGGGCCUACACAUACUUUUAUUUAAGUAGGGGGCUUCGGGCCUUAAAAGCCUACACCUUGUGUUUGUACGUUGUAGGGGGCCUACACGUACUUUUAUUUAAGUAGGGGGCUUCGGGCCUUAAAAGCCUACACCUUGUGUUGUAUGUUGUAGGGGGCCUACACAUACUUUUAUUUAAGUAGGGGGCUUCGGGCCUUAAAAGCCUACACCUUGUGUUGUAUGUUGUAGGGGGCCUACACAUACUUUUAUUUAAGUAGGGGGCUUCGGGCCUUAAAAGCCUACACCUUGUGUUUGUACGUUGUAGCGGGCCUACACAUACUUUUAUUUAAGUAGGGGGCUUCGGGCCUUAAAAGCCUACACCUUGUGUUUCUACGUUGUAGGGGGCCUACACGUAGUGUUGAUAAAUGUGUUCAAAAGGUGCCGGGGACGCCUAGUAUCUACUGUAAAAUUGUGUUGUUAUAAGGGGAAAAAUUGGGUUGGGCCUGGUGUAUGUUAACCAUACACGCACUUCCAAGAAGGUAAAGUAUUGGGGUGGUUUGGAUGGAUAAUUAUUUCAUGAAUUAAAAGAUCGGGAUACUGUGUGAAAUUUAAACACCCAGUGAGAGACCGCAGCCUCUCCUUAGGAGGGAACUGUAGAAGAUUGUCUCUCAGCAGCCCCGAUUGACCUACAGGAGUCAUUCAUGAGAUAUUUCCAUGUGUGAAGUGCAUUCAUUAAUUUGUAGUGCAUAAUUGAGGAAUUAGUCUGUAAACAUGGAAGGGGAAUACAAUCGUGAAAAAAUAGAGUCUAGCAUUCCCACCCUGAAAAAAGAUUUUGGAAUUCCAGGGACUUGGGGAAAUAAAUGGGAAGUAAUAAAAAACAAUGUGCUAGUGUGUCAGCCAGAGAAGAAGAGAGGGAAAAUCUUAAAACAUUUAGAGGACUGGUACGGAGCAAAGCGACACCUUGGCUGGUUUCCACAUGAUGACUGUAAAGAAAACAUAAAAAAGACUCUCCAGACACGACUAACACAACUUAAGAAACAGCUAAAAGAGGCAGAGCGAGACCAUUACACAGCAGGAAUGUUUAAUAAACAAAAAAGUAAGAGGCGAGUGGAAGAAUUGGAGCAAGAUCUUAUGUAUGUGAAUCUGAUAUUAGUUUCUCAUCCUCUCACCACACCAAAAACACACACACCCCCCUCCGCACCACCCUGUGGAGGUGAAGAGUUACAAAUGGUAAUAAAACACCCUGACAUCCCUCCUCCCUAUAACCCACCCCUUAAUCCAACCUCAGGUUUAGUCCCUUCACUCCCACUCCAGGCACCAGUGGUGAGAUUUGAUGGAAAAUUGAAUAUAGAAAUAGAUGAGGAGGGGGGGAGUGAUGUGUCUCCUAACAACUCGACUCCUACCAAUUAUUCAUUUGAUGAACCAAAUAAGAAAAUCUUGCUGCAAUCUGCUGAAAAAGCAAUCAAGGAAAGGGAAAGGAGAUUUGCAUUUGGUCAAAACCAGGGUCACACUAAAGAGGAUAAAAGAUCACCAACUAUACUACAAACAGAGCCACCAGUUAAAACACUUACUGACUUUGAACAGGAUAUGGAACAAGGAAUCAAGCGUGCAAACUCAGGACAGGGGUCAGAGAUUAUGGGAGAGUGGCGAGAUAGGUGGGAAAUUGAGAAAAAGAGAGAGCAGUGGGAAGUUGAGAAAAAGAGAGAACAGUGGGAAGUUGAGAAAAAGAGAGAACAGUGGCUAAUUGAGAAAAUGAGAGAACAGUGUAGAUUGACGUCGCAGGGAGCAUGUGGAGGGAAGGAUGAUGAUUUAUGGCUAGAGGGAGAGAGUAAGAAUUAUGGUGAUGAUGAGGGUGACAGAGAAGGUGAAGAGAAGAUACUAGGAAACAUACGUAGUGUUCUAGUAGAAGGAACAGGAUUAAGAAGGUCUGAGAGACUUAAAGAACGUAAGGACAGAGAAGAAGGAUUCCAACAAUUCAAAGAUCUGCAGAAGCCCCUUUUUGGAGCAGCCACGCAUAAUAUUUAAGCUAAACAUAAACCAUUCUCAUUGGACAGCCUUAGUCUAUCAGUUGCCUCCUCUUAGGGAUGGAGCCCAACCAUGGUUAAACAAAGUAUCAGCUCACACAGGGACAGACAUUUCACACAUCAUAUGGAUGCCCAAACUCAAAAGCAGAAAAAGAGAGAGGGUGAGAUGGAGGAGCUCAAAGGUCAGCUCUUAAAGCUGCAGUUACAACAGGCUAGAGAUCAGGCGACAGAUAAGAAAACUAGCACUAAGCAACACAAACAAAUGCUGCACAUGCCUUCUACAGAUGUUGUUGCUGCUCCAGCUCUUUCCCUAUCCCCAUCUCCCCCUCCUAACCCUUCCCCCUAAUCCAUACCCUUACUACCCUGCACAUAUCCCAGUGCCAGUACUCACACCAGGUCAGAUGUUCUAGGGUCCAGGAAACCAGGGAGGGUAUAAUCAAAACAAUGGACAGAGAAAGGGAGGGAAGGCAGGCAAUAAGGGAGGAGCAGGGUGAGUGAAAAACAAGGGAUGCUUUAUUUGUGGAGCAAUGGACCAUUGGGUCAAUGAUUGCCCUUAUAACGGCUAUGCUCGGCAGCAGGGAAGAAGCGGUGGUCCCCCAGGGGGAGCAGCUUUAAACCCACCCCAGCAGGCACCCAAUCCACAUAUGGCCCCAGGAGGAUGGCCUGCACAUCCUGGUGCAUGGGGACAGUUCCCACAGCAGCCAUAGGGGUGCCAAACAGAAGGGGAACUACAGGGCUUGGGAGCUCCCUGUUUUUCUCUGAAGGUGAAUGAGAAAACAAAAUGGGUCAUGGUGGACACAGGAGCUCGCUACUCAACCUUGAGUGAUCCACCUUGCAGACUCUCAUCCACCUAUGUUUCUGUUUUGGGAUUUUUUGGCACUGAACAAAAACUGCCUUUCACGGAAGAAACUGUUGUGACUGUGGGAAACCAAAUGCUGAGACACUCUUUUGUCUACGCACCUGACUGUCCUGUGAACUUGAUGGGAAGAGACUUGUUGGUUCGCCUGGGAGUUGCAGUGAAAUGUGCACCUCAGGGAACAACUAUGCAUUUUCCAGAUGGAACUGUGAUCACCUGCAGCUCUUCUAUCGAUACGUCUGUUAAGCAAAUGCCCCUGGGUGCCUCUGCUCCAUAUACUGCUGCUGAACCACCAGCUGAUGUAUAUUGGGUAUUGUUAAAUACAGAAAAUAAUCCCUUGGUAGAACAAUUUGAUUUAUGGGCUCCGUGGAUUCACUCUCUCAACUCCUACCACUCUGUUCCCGACCCUCCCCAUUGUACUUUAUAUUAUGAUAGGAAUGAAGAUUGGAUAUAUAAGGCUGAAUUUGAAGACAAAAUAGAAGGAGAUACCUGGGCCCUGCAUGUAGAGGUCAUAUAUGUGGGACAAGAAGGAGUGGCAGCAGCAGUUGUGCUUCCUGAGUAUAGGAAAUCUUGGUAUAAAAUGUCUAACACUGCCACCCCCCACGUAUCUGUCGCCUUGCAUGCAGGACAUCAGGCUAAAGAGUUGGGUCUUACAGGUUACUCCAGACAUUUUGUGCCUGAUUAUGCCGGUAGGACUGAGUCUCUGCGUGCACUGGUUAAAGCUCAGGGGUGCCGCAAUCUCAGUGCCAAGUUGGACUGGACGGUUGAGGCUGAUUCAGAUUUUAUUUGUCUCAAAUAGGAUCUGUCACAGGCCACAUCUUUGGCGCCCCCCGAUUACACUCAACCGUUUUUUCUUGAUGUUUCUGAAAGACAAGCGUCUGCAUAUGGUGUUCUCUAUCAGAAACAAAGGGGGAUUAGGAGAGUGUUAAUAUACUGUAGUGUACGGUUUGAUGUACAGGAAAAAAGAGCCGCUUCAUGUGUCAGAUAUGCAGCAGCAGUAGCUAAAUUGACAGAAGAAAUUGCACCUGUAGUCAUGCACCACCCACUGAUAAUCUUAACCUCUCACGCUACAGUUGCAUUUGUGACAUCCUCUGCAUUCACACUGACACCACUAAGACAGAGCAGGAUUCUCAAAGUGCUAACACAACCACACAUAACAUUUGUACAUCAAGGAAUCAACAUGGCAGAACAAAUAUUGGAAGGGACACCACAUUGUUGUAUAACAGCUACAAAGGACAGGACCAAGGUGAGGACUGAUUUGAGUGAAACACCUUUGGUAAAUCCUGAAGUGGAAAUAUAUACAGAUGGCUGUUGUUUCAGACAUCCAGACCGUGGCUUGCAGGCAGGAUACGCUGUGGUGGAACUAGGGAUAGAUGGGACCCCCAUAAACAGGAAGCGUAUCAGCGCAGAAAUCAGAACUAAGAACAGUCAAAGCAGCACAAGAAACUGCAUCACAAGAGAUAAAGACUCAGUGGAAGUCAAAAGGGGGACAACAGAACAGCCAAGGAAUAUGGCAUGUAAAUAGUCAGGUGAUAAUGCCCCCUCAGUGGCUAAACAGCAUGUUGACACAGACUCAUGGACCUGACCACAGGAGCACUGGACAAAUGACACAUGACUUACGACACUGGUGGAUUGACGAAUUUUCCAUCCCCACAGAUUCACCAACAGGAGAGAGUUUCUCCACGCGGGAACAGGAGCCAGAGCUAGGAUCAGGAGGACCUCCAGAGUUCCUGUAUCUGAAGGCCAUAAAGAGGAAGUGGAGUGAACAACGAUGGACAGGAUCAUUCAAAGUGACAGCCAGAACAAACUCGGCAGUAAAACUGGCUGGGAAGGGUUACAACUGGUAUCACCUCUCUCAGUGUGCUAAGAACACCACAGCACAGGAGAAGGAAGCCGAGGGGAAUAAAAAAAAAAAAAUAAAUAAAAUGUAUAAUCGAGUUUUAUAAUCAUCAUUUGUGUGUGUGUGAUUAAAACAGAAACCAGCGCCACUCGUUUGGAGGAAUCGGAGAACGAGGUGGAGGAUGGUGUCUGAGGAGGAAAGUAGUCCCACAGGGGAAGGUUAAAACGUUAGGUAUGGGGGGAGGUUCCGCCCCAUCGCAAGGUUGACCUGUUGAGGACACAGAAUGUUGAACUCAGGUUGUUGAGUUCAAAAGGGGGACUGUUGUAGUAUUUUAGACUAUUAAAGUUAAAACUGUUUAAUGAUUUAUACUAGUGGAUAUUUAGGUGCUAAGGGUGAGUGGUCAUUUAAACAUCUGCCUCAGGGAAACUAUUUACAACCACUGAUAAAGAUCACCCUAUGGCCAUGUGUAGGGGGGCAGCCGGAGGUAACAGAGGUAGAUUAGUGGUAAUUUAUAUGUAUGCAUUAACUGUCUUCCUUUGAGAGUGCUGAGCUUUAGGUGACAUUUGAGGUCGGAGUCAGAUGGGAAGGAGGAAGUCAGCAGAGCCAAUCAGAAGACGACAAAACGCCCAUGCACAUUUCUUUGUUUGUACUUGUAUAAAUACACUGGAUCAGGGAAAGUUAGGUUGUCAGACUGUGGACUGACCAACACUUGUUAUUGGUUAGGAAAAGGCACAUCUGAUCCAGAAUUCUGUAAUUGUUCAUUGCUUGCUGAAAAGAUUCACUAAACAAUUUGAACUAAA